GGCGAUGUACCUCAGCAAUGAGGUGUUUCUUCUACAACGAGAUUUAACUCAGCACAUACGCUGCCCAGUUCCGAGAGAAGAUGACCAAUUUGAGUGGACCAGGGAUGUUCUACGUGAGGGGGAUUGGCAUCCAACGCUGGUCGCCCGCUUUUCGAGCCCAGAAUCCGGCACCAACUACACCAUCAGCGAUCACUAUGGGCUGAUGCCCUCCUCACAUGACCUCAUCAUCAAAAAUACAAAAUUGAGUGACGAAGGAGUAUACCACUGUGGUCCAAGUGGGAAGGAAUUUCGGUUUGAAGUUUCUGUCUUGGACACAACGUUUCCUGUAUUUGAUGAUAUUCUGCGUCCAUCAAACGAAAGUCUGAUGCUCCCACGAGGACAAAUGCACAUCAUUAAUUGUCCCGUUACAACCGCAUUGGAUAUUUCCGGCCAUGAUACAGUGUACUGGACAUUGGAUGUUGGGAAGGAGAAUUACACAAGCGUCAUCGGUGCAGUAUUCUCCGAUGGGGAAGCCCUGGUUACUGAUGCCUACCAAGGACGCUACAACAUCAAUGAGGAAAGGAAUCUAGUCGUGAACUCACUAGAAGGCGCUGAAAACCGCUACUGGUGUAACGUUUUCAAGAUACCCCACGGCCUGUCCACUGGGUAUAUCGACGUGACUGGAAAAGUUACGACUCAGCAAGAGUUCCCGUACAUUUCCGGCUGUGACAAAUCUGAAGUCGAAUGCUCCAUCGAAGUCGACCAGAUUACAAGCUUGAAUUGUUCCGUUGCCAACCUCUACCCAAUGGCCAACCUGUCUUGGUCCCUCUCCGGGUGUGAGGCGGGUGACAGACCCCCGUUUCUUACCAACACGUCCUCCGUCUUCGACCCUGGCUCGGAGACAUUCAACCAGUCACAGGAGUUGACAAUCUCAGGGAACACCACCUUCAGAUGCACAUUCACCUGUGAGGCGUCCGGACUGUCCAUCGCUAAUUCUUCCAUUGCGAAAUCAGUCAACGUCACUUGGAAAGAACACAAUGUCAUCGAGCAGGGAAACCCAAUCGGCAUUGCCUUAGCCAUUGCUCUCCCUCUUCUGGUACUGGUUGUGGUAGUUAUACCGAUAAUCAUCGUCGUAUGCAAGAAGAAAAGGACACGAACAGAGAACCGGCACAUCCGGUACACCAAACCCCAAGGGGAAGAAAAUGGAGUUUCUCCUUCCAAAAAAGAUGACCGCGAUGACAAUGCUGCCGAUGGAGCGGAACCUUUGUGUCUUCGGCCAUUGAGUCUUCCGUGAAGAUGUUGCCUUAUAUAUGUUUCAUGUUGUUUGUGUGAGGUCCAAAUCAACCAGGCGACUACUGAAAUGCCUAUCUAGUAGGGGGAGCAGCACAAUGAAUUAAGCGGUGAAUUAAAUAUGCUACUUGAUAAAAUGUUUUGUUUGUUUGUUGAAUGAAUGUAUCCGCAUGCUACUGACUUAGAGUAAUUAGAUUAGAUUCCUUUAUACUGGUCCCUAAGCCAUAUUUAUUUCCUUUAAAGGGAAUA